AUGAAGGAUCCCGUACAUGACCCGCUUGACGAUUCUAUUCACGACCACGCAUCUAUCUGGAGCUCCUAUCGAAGAGCAGCUCUGAGAACUGGCCAGCCAUCGAACGGUUUAGUGUUAAAUGAAGUGAAUAGCCGUCCAAGACCGCAUAUUAAUCCUGCUGAUCAUAUCGCUUCUGUCGCUGACGAUCAUGGACAGCACAACGAAGAAGAAUGUGCCUUGGCGAUGGAAAAACUGAGAGUGGAAAUCAAGAAGUUGAGGCGCUUGAACCGCAAAAAGGAUAUUGUCAUAGAAACAUUGAUGAAGAAGAUAGUCAAAUCGGAAAAACCGCGUGCGGCUGAACACUACACUUUUUCGCCUCUGGGUCGCAGUCACUGGCGUCAAGUCUCUCCCGGUACUGCCGUUGGUAGAGAACAGAGUUCGAUUUCGUCUCAAUCCACUGAUGCUACGGAACAAGGCCAUGUGACAGCUUCGUCUGUACACACAUCCAAAGCCACGCGAAAUCCGCAAACUCUUGUCAUCCAUAAGGGCUCAAGAUACGUCAUUCAUAGGAAGAAAAAUCACUUGUCAACCGCAGCACACUACUCGUUAUGCUUGAUAUCAAAUCGUCCUGAUCUUAUUAGACGCAUUGAGAAGCGCCAAGCUGCUAUCAGUGCGGCUGCUGCAUUGAGACAUCGAGUUGCCGAGGAAAAAAAGUUUGCUGCUCGAGCGGUGGUGGAAGGAAAGUGCUCAUUCAGCAACGUAAAGAAUAGUUUGUUUCUUGAUCCAACUCGCAUCACAGCGUUUCCGAAGGAUGAAAUCGUCAACUUAACUAAGAGGCACCUGCGUGCAUCGGAUGCUUAUAGAUCAGAGGUUUCGGAUGAAAGAAGAAGAGUCGACAUUGCUGCCUCGAAAAUCAUUGCUCAGUCUUUCAGUGAGGUGAGUGGUAGCGAAUUACAAAAAUUUUUA